ACCCCCACAGUGUUAGGUCUGUCCCCCAGCAGAGGGCCUGAGUCGGGGGGAACCAAAGUCACCGUAAUGGGGGACAACCUGGGGGCAGGCAGCAGCGUCAACGUCCAGUUUGGAAACCAGACGUGCGAGUUCUUCGGGCGGACGAUGGCGGAGAUCGUGUGUUACUCCGCCGUCUCGCUGGCGGGCGUGGGUCCGGUGCAGAUCAGUGUGAGCGUGGACCGUGCUCAGAUCAGAGAGAGCCUCACCUUCGAGUACAUCGAGGAUCCCACCGUGCAGCGCAUCGACCCCGACUGGAGCAUCGCCAGUGGACACACUCCUCUGAUGGUGACGGGGACAAAUCUGGACGUAGUUCAGGAGCCGAGGAUCCGAGUCAAAUACGCCGGGAGAGAGUCUGUCAACGUGUGUAAGGUGUUGAACUCCACCUGUAUGAGCUGCUUCGCCCCCUCCCUGAUGGCGGAGUAUAAUCCCACCUUGGACUCAGUGAAGCACGCGGAUGAGUUUGGUUUCAUCUUCAAUAACGUUCAGGCGCUGCUGGUCUACAACAACACCAACCUGCUGUACUACCCCAACCCCGUGUUCGAGCCCCUCAGCACCUCGGGGGUCCUGGAGCAGAAACCUGGAUCUCCCAUUAUUCUCAAGGGCAGAAACCUGGUGCCCCCGGUUUCUGGAGGGGUGAAGCUGAACUACACGGUGCUGAUCGGAGAGACCCCCUGCUCCGUCACCGUGUCCGAGAGCCAGCUGCUGUGUGAGCCCCCAAAUCUCACCGGACAGUACAAAAUCAUGGUCCAGGUGGGGGGUCUCCACGUCUCCCCCGGCUCGGUCCACAUCAUGUCCGACAGCCUGCUCACGCUCCCGGCCAUCGUCAGCAUUGCGGCAGGCGGAGGCCUCCUCCUCAUCAUCGUCAUCCUCGUCCUCAUCGCCUACAAGAGGAAGUCCCGGGAAAACGACCUGACGCUGAAGCGCCUGCAGAUGCAGAUGGACAACCUGGAGUCACGAGUCGCCCUCGAGUGCAAAGAAGCCUUCGCCGAGCUGCAGACGGACAUCAACGAGCUGACGAGCGACCUGGACCGGGCCGGGAUCCCCCACCUGGACUACAGGACGUACGCCAUGAGGGUCCUGUUCCCCGGCAUCGAGGACCACCCUGUGCUCAGAGAGCUGGAGGUGUCUGGUAACGGGCAGCAGGGCACGGAGAAAGCUCUGAAGCUGUUCGGACAGCUCAUCAACAACAAGGUGUUCCUGCUCACCUUCAUCCGGACGCUGGAGAUGCAACGCUCCUUCUCCAUGAGGGACCGCGGGAACGUGGCGUCGCUCAUCAUGACGGCGCUGCAGAGCCGCCUGGAGUACGCCACCGACGUCCUGAAGCACCUGCUGUCAGACCUGAUCGACCGCAACCUGGAGAGCAAGAACCAUCCCAAGCUGCUGCUGCGGAGGUGAGGCCCCACGGCUUAAAAUACAGGAAAAGUUAUUUGUGUUCCUUCAGCGUACUUUUAAUAGGGUUUCAACAGAUCCUUGAGAUACUUAUAGCGUUGUAAAUAUGGUCAAAAUAGGGCUUUAAAAGCUUUUGAAAAUAGUCAUAAAUACACCUGGGUCAUAUAAAAAGAUCUUGAGUUUAUAUAUUCUGUGCAGGAAAGGAAAGAUAAGUUGUUUUGAUUUAUUUAUUUUCUUAACGUUAGUGAAUUGAACAUUGUGCUUUCUGCAUGUUGGUCCCGUGCUUUGAGAAAGUCCUUAAAUAACCUUAUGAGAAAAGUAUUUUUUGAACUUAAAGUUAGAAAAUAUACUACGUUUAGCCAUCUGCAUCCUAAAGAAGUAAUUAUCUUUGAUAUAUGUCUCAAGGUAUGCUGUUUUUGGUGCUUGAAUUGCCUGGAAAGUCUUAAAAUGUUGUUGGAUUGAGUGGUUAGGAAUGUAAAAAAAACUCUAAAUAUCACCUUAAUGAGCUUCCUUUCUUUUUUUACACGGAUACAAGUCUGCAAAGAAGUUAAUCAAGGUCUCUGUUCUGACUUUGAAAAGGUUAAAAAGUAGAAAGAAAAGGAAUUAACAUAAAGACACAACAAACAAAUGAUUCAUUAUCAUAUGAAGAGAAAUCCCUUAAUCCUCACUAACACCAGUUUCAGUGUGUCGACUCGAUUCAUUUCAGGAUAAGAGCAUACUAUAGAUCUGUAAAUAUGUAAAGAAAGCUGCAGGAGAACAUAUAGACGGACGGGGAUUUCUGCAUCAGUGAAGCUACAGCAUUGUGAGAUAAACACAGGACGAGGAGCAUCUGCAUUUCCCCUCUCAGAGCCGGUGUCACUCUCACUUAUCCUCCCGGCUCGGCGGCUAUAAAACAUUCAGAGGCGGUAACUCCGGUUUCUCCUCGUCUCCGCGUGUCCAGCGCUCUUUGUUUUCCGGGGGAGAAGUGUUAAAACUUUAAACAUCUCCUCGCUGAAGUGUCCUCACAAGCUGUGGUGGCUCUCCGUAAGAGACUAUUAGUUAUAAUGUUUGACCCUAUUCACCUGUAGUGUACAGAAUGUAUGGAUUUGAUCGUUUAUUCACUAAAAACAUGCAGAAAAUGACUUUUUAUGGCAGUAUUUUAUCGAUAUAUCAGGGUUUUGACCAGAGGCGGAU